CAUUUAACAAGUGAAAUAAAUAAUAUUAAAAGAUAAACUUUGUUUAUGAGACCCGGCUUUUUCAUUUGUGUACUAUUAAAGCACGUGUUAUACAAUGGCUAUAUUCGGCAGAUGUGAAGACCUUAAAUUAGUACCCUGGUUUUCACCGGCUGAAUGGUAUAAAGUAUACGAGAAAAUUUAUUCCAACAACAAUAAUGAACAGACUGAAGCAUACGAGAUACUUUUGGUAUGGAAGGCUAGAAUGCCAAAAAUACCAGUUGGAGUGGAUUGUACUUUAUCCAUCCUUCAAGUUUGUCUGAGAGAUCGUGAAUGGACUCCUAAAAUUGAUAAUGCUGAAUUACCUAUAGAUUAUGAGAAUGAUUUGUGUCUAAUGUAUUCUACUGCCAUAAUGAGAUUUCUUAAUCAUAUUUCUAACGUUGGACAUACCAAGCAAACAUCUUUGUUUCAGAUCGCUAAACAAAUUAAUAUUCCAGAAUGGGUAGUUAAUCUGAGACAUGAUGCUGCUCAUGGACAUGAAUUACCAUCCAUUGAUGUCUUGAGAUUAGCUGCUAAUUUAUUGCUGACAUGGUUGCAUGAAGAGUAUUGGGUCACCGAGGCUAAAGCUCUAGAAAAAUAUUAUAAUAAAAAGGCAGAAGUAACAGAAGUAAAUGAAUUGGAAGACGCUGAAGCUUUUUCAGAUUUAAUUCAAUUGUGGAUAGCUAUCGGUUUAUAUAUUCGUGCUGGUUACGUUUUAGUGAAUUCUAUACCAGAUAAGGAAUUACAAGAAACUUUACAUGAUUUACGUACGUAUGCUGUUAAAUUAACACAGCAGACUAAAAACGAUGAAGAAGAUACCGAACAUGUAGAAGAAUUGAAGAAUGUUAAGAUUAAAAAGAAAUACAGUUUAUCAGCUGCACGUGCCAUUCUUCUAGUUGAAAUAUCCAGAUAUCUUGGAAGAAACAAUCAAAUUACUAAUAAGGACAAAAUAGUUAUAAAUACAUUAUUAGAAAGUGAAGCAUUUUUAUUAACUACAGAUGUUUUUUCUAUAUUUUCUGAUAAAGAUGACAUGAAAACUAAUGAUGAAGAUCAAUUACCAAUAGAUUUGAUACAAUUUUGGCAAGAUAUUAUUAUCUUACUACAAAAUGUUAAUAUGUUGGAAGCUUUGAUCUUAAGUUUACUUACAUUAGUAAGAAAUGAACAGGAAUCAGAAGAUAAAAGACAUAUGGCGGCUUUAUGGAUAAAUACUAUUGCUCAGGGUUUUGUAAAACUAACUCUUAGUCAACAAAUGUUUUGUAUUUUACAACAUAAAUUACGACAAAAGAAAAAAAGCCUAUCUCAAAAAAUAUUAAAUCACAGGGUUGAAGAGAAAAUGAAUAAGAAUCAUCCACAUUUGAGAAAUGCACUUUUCUUAAACAUAUCAAAUACAGUUCCACGUUUUCUAACUGAUGUUCAUUUUCUCUCAGACAUUAUAAUUAAUGCAAAUAGAUUUACUUGUAAAUUUGUAUCACCUCUUCUACAACUUGUGAUACCAAAACUUGAAGAAUAUAAAAAGAAAUAUUUACUUAACUUGAUACGAAUUUAUAUACACAAUGACUUUGAUAUUAAACUUGAUGAACUUGACAGUCAAACUGAUGAAAAAAUAUUUACAAUCGCAGAUUAUAAUAAAAUAAAUUCUGAACAUAAUGAUGAACUCCAAAAAAAAGAAGAACCAUUAAUAAAGUUAACAUUAGGAGAUAACCAAAUUCGUAAUACCCAAUGGAAAUUAACAGAUGCAAAAUACAGUUGGAAAAAAUGUCCAAUUGGUAUAUUACCAUGGCAAAUUGACUCUUUACAAUAUUUACAACCUAUUAAAAUAAUAGCAACAAAGUCCAAUGUGCUAAUGUUAAAAUCUGAUAUCAUACCUGGUAUUGUUGAUAAGACUAAUUUGAAAAUGCAAAGUCAAAUUAAUUGGGAUGAUGUAUUAAGGGCGAAGAAAAGAUUGAAGAGAAAACGACAUAAAAGAGAGGAUGAUAUAAUGUAUAAGGCCAUAAAAAUUGUUAAAAUGCAAAAAUAGUUGGUGUUUUUCAGUUUCGUAUUGUUAUGUUGAUGAUUAAAGUCCAUUGACUGCAAAAAUAUCAAGAAAAAAACAUGAAUAAAUUUAUACAUACAUGUAUAUAUAUUUUU